AUGAGCACCAGCCCCUGCUGCGCCGAGUACAAGUUCCCCGCCACGCCGCCCGGCAACGAGCCCUAUGCCUACGCCCGGCCCGCGGCAGGCCCCCCCAAGGCGCCGCCGGCCGGCGACUACUUUGCCUUGAAGCCGCCGGCCGCGCCGCACAAAACAACGUUCUUCUCGCCCGUCAAGCCCACGCCCCGCGGCCACGGCUCCGGCUCCGUGAGCUCGCUCGGCUCCGAGGCCACGUUUACCGAGCACCUGGCGUUCGUCAGCCACGACUUCCACAAGCUGACCGACACGCUCUUCGAGGACUGCGAGGACGCGCCCAACGCCGCGGGCCCGCGCAACGUGCUCCUGCUCUCGCUCAACUUGCCCAAGAAGAGCCUCCACCACAAGGCCCGCUCGUCGCUCAGCUCCUCCGCCGGGCUCUUGGCCCGCCAUGCGUCGGCACGCGACGCGGACGCGCCCGAGGACCCCGCGGCGCUCUCGGCCGUGGAGCCGCGCUUCCUGCUCGACCGCAAGUACUCGCUCGGCGUGGCCGAGGAGUCGCUCGGCCGUGCCAACCCGCUGCGGCCCUCGUCGCCCGCGCCCGUGCUCCACAUGCACCACACGCUCCCGAACCUCUCGCCCAAGAGCACGGGCUCGGUGUUGGACUCCAUCAAGACCCAGCAGAUCAAGCGCUUGCUGUUCGUGCCGCCGCAGGAGAGCUUCCGCGACGCCAUCGUGCGCCUCUCGCCGUCCAUCGCGUACCUCUCGCCGGCCGCCAUCGCCAGCAUCGUGGCCCAGAGCUCCGUGCACCCGCAGACUCGGCUCCGGGACAUCUUGGUGCUCGACAUCCGCCCGUUGGCCGACCACGUCAAGAGCCACGUCGCGGGCGCCAUCAACAUCUGCCUCCCGCUGACGCUCUUGAAGCGGCCCAGCUUCGACCUCAAGCGCUGCGUCAACUCCUUGCCGGUCUACGAGCGGCUCAUUCUCCAGAGCUACUUCCACCACAACCGCGCCAACUUCGACGCCAACAACGUGGUCUCGCGCCCGCACGCGGGCGCCCACGGCCUCCCCGCCAUCGUCCUCUACGACCACUCCAACCACUCCUCCAACAUCUACCACAUGUGCCGGAAGCUUGUCGACCACUCGUGCUUCGAUGCCUCCUCGGCGCCCCCAAUCUACCUCAUAGACGGCCUGUUUCUGGCCUUGGCCUCCGCGCAUCCCGACAUCCUUGGCUCGGGCAAGGUGGAGUCCAUCGAUGUGGCAAGCUUGUCCACCCACACCCCGCUGGACGGCUCCCCACCACUGCAGCCCGCGCCGCGCCCGUCCCGUGCGGCCUCGCCCCGCACCAUCAAGGCCCCGAGCCUCAGCUUGGCUGGGCUUCCGACCCCCAACGUCUCCAACUUCUCACUUCCCACCAACUUGCCUGAGACCAAGUUCAAGAUCAGACACAACGAGGAGAUGUUCAACUUCUCCACCGCACCCUCCACCGACGACAAGUUGUCGAACCUCGCGGUCAACUCCCCGGGCCUAAGACUACUCCCGCAGUGGUUGAGAGACUCCGUGGCUAACAACACACAAAUCAGGGCCGACUUCAACAAGCUAGAGGAGUGCGAGAAGUCCCGCUUGAACAGUGCGUUGAAAAUCAAAAUGGAGAACGAGUUCGUCACGCCGGGCGGCCGCACCGAGCUUACCCCUGUGAUCAACAGCGGCUUGGACUACGGCCACAAAAACCGGUACAAAGACAUCUUUCUCUACGAGCACACGCGCGUCUCUCUUAACGACGCUCUAUCGGCAAAACUUGUGCCUUCUGAUGACACAUCAUUGCAGCUGGGCUGCGACUACAUCAACGCUUCAUACUUGAAGUCUUCAAAGUCUGUGUUCGGAAGCAUCUUGGGAACGGACUCUAUAGAUGAGCAGCUUCUCAGAUACAGCAACUGCAUUGCCACCCAGGGCCCAUUGUUGCGAACGGCAGGGGACUUCUGGAAAUGUGUGGUCAACCAAGGCUCAUUGGUCAUCGUAUCCUUGACCAACGACGUUGAAAAUGGCGUGGAGAAAUGCUUCGCAUUCUGGAAAUCCGGCAGAUACAUGUCAGGCAAUAACGCUGUGGACGUCAGCCUUUUGGACACUGAGACGUAUGGUGCUUUGAAGCUUCGAACAUUUGCGAUCGAUAUCGAUAACAAAAUCCACCACAAGGUACUACAGUUACAUCUAGAUUCGUGGAUGGAUAUGGGGGUGGCAGUCGACUCCAAUGAGGUUCUAGCAAUGAUCCAUUUGAAAAAUCACAUCUUGGCUCAUGCCCCGAGUCUUCCCGAAUACCCUUCGGUCAUACAUUGCUCUGCUGGGUGUGGGCGUACCGGCGUUUUCGCAGCCGCCGACAUGUUGAUGAACGCAUUCAAAUUCAAGGGCGAUGAUUUUGACGUGAUCGCGGACCCCGUGUACGAUGUUGUGAACGACUUGAGGCGCCAAAGGAUCCUGAUGGUGCAGACCAUCCGUCAGUAUGGGUCCAUCUACGGACUCUUGAUUCAUCGCAUCACCGGGCUGAACGAGUGGCAGUCAAUCAGCGACACAAGAAUCGCAAAAGCAUUUCUCGAGGCAUGA